UCCUCCCCUUUAUAAAUAAACCCCCCACCCCUUUCCUUCAAUUUAUUUACAGAAAAAUAAUUUCAAUUUUAUUUUCAAUUUUCAAUCUCAACAAGAUGGGAUCUGACGCCAACAAGAUGAACGACGGCACCAGCUUCCAACCCUCCGAGCCGGCUCCCUGCGCCAACGGCUGCGGCUUCUUCGGCGCCGCCGCCACCAACGGCUACUGCUCCAAAUGCUUCCGCGACAUCCGGAUCCACGAAGAACAAGCCGCCUCAGCCAAAGCCGCCGUCGACAAGAUCGUAAACAACAACAACAGCGUUGUUAACUUUCAUCAAACCCUAAACUCUUCUGCAUCGGGAUCCGAACCUGUUCCGGUUUCGGUUUCGGCGGCGGCUACCGUCGCCGCCGCCGUGCCGGAGAUCAAGAAGCCAUCGAACCGGUGCUUGACGUGUAAUAAGAAGGUGGGUGUGAUGGGGUUUAAGUGUAAGUGUGGUGAUGUGUUUUGUGGGAGUCAUAGGUACCCUGAGAAACAUGAUUGUGAAUUUGAUUUUAAGAAAACCGGUCGAGAUGCGAUUGCCAAGGCGAACCCGGUUAUUAAAGCGGAGAAGGUGGACCGGAUCUGAUGAUGAAGAUGUAAGGAAAGAAACCGGGUCGGGUUAGGUCGGGUUUGGAUGGUGUAUGUUUAUUGGGGGUGGGUGAUGAAAUGUUGAAUUAUGAAUUUGGUUGAAUAUAAUUUGAUUGGAUGUUUAGUUGUUUAAUUGUUUAGUUUUUAGUUUUUUUUUUUAUUUAUUUGUUUAUUAUCUUUCGCUA